AUGGUCUUUGGCCCCCCAGAGGAGGAGUCUGUUGCUCCCAGGGCCCUGAGUGCUCCCAGGGCUCUCAAAGUGCCUACCCCUCCCCCCAGUGGUGGGGGCAGCUGGUGGCCUUGGCCAGCCCGAGCCUCCUGCCCCAGCGGCCCAGGGGAGGCGGGAGAUGAGGAGCCCUUGGUGGAGGGCAGUUUCCACAUGAAGACGGCUGCCCUGGUGGUAUUCCUGCUCCUCAAGUAUUGCACCAAGGAGCCCACCAGCAAGGCAGAGAUGCUGGAGGUCUUCACCCCAGAAUACCAGGAUGACUUCCCCACCAUCUUGAGCCAAGCGUCCAUCUGCUUGCGGCUGGCAUUUGGCCUAGACGUGAUUGAAGUGGAUCCCAGGGAGCACUCCUACGUCCUCAACCCCAUCCUGGGCCUCACCUGGGAUGGGAUGCUGAGCGGUCAGACGGAUGUUUCCCUGAUGUGGGAGGCUCUCGGAUUCAUGGGGGUGUACGGUGGCCAAGAACACAUCGUCUAUGGGGAGCCCAGGGAUCUCCUCACCAACGUCUGGGUGCAGGAAGGCUACCUGGAGCGCCGGCAGGUGGCGGGCAGUGACCCUGCCCGCAAUGAGUUUCUGUGGGGGCCCAGGGCCUCCGAGGAAACCAGCAAGUUGCAGGUCAUGAACUACAUGCUCCAGAUCGGUAGCAACAACCUGGGGUCCUCCCUGGUCCUAUGA